AUGCAAUUCACUGAAAAUCCCGAAGAUCUAAUCAUAACAAAAGAAUUACCCUAUUUGGUAGUCGGCCAACCGGACCAAAUUGAAAAGAUAGUUGCGAUAAAUUUGAAGAUAUUCCCAGUUAGAUAUCCCAAUGAUUUUUAUCAAAAGCUAGUUACCGAAAAAAACAUUAGAACAUACUUGUUAUGGAAUGAUAAAGAUAAGGAAUAUAUUGGUAUUUUAUCUAUUCGUUUGGCUUUGCCUUGUUUUGACCGUAUUUUCAAUCCUAAUGAUGGACGUUGUCGUGAGCCGUGUAUGUCCUGUCAAAAACGCUCAGAUAUUGAGGCUAGAGAUAGUUUAGACCGUUUUGCUUAUGUGAUCUUACUUGGACUGGUUCCAGAACAGCAGGGGAAAGGUCUAGGUAAGAUUUUAGUAGAUAAGACUGAAGAAAUAUGCCGAGAAAAUGGAAUUGAUCAUAUUGUCCUUCAUGUUCAGACAUGUAACAACCAAGCAAUUAUGUUUUACUAUAAGCUAGGCUUUAAACUUGUUAAAUAUGUAAAGGACUAUUAUUACAAUGUAUCUCCCAAAGAUGCCUUUUUAUUGAGGAAGUGUUUAUACUCAUCGUAA